AUGCUCUUUGCCAAGAAGAAGGAGAAGAACCUAUCCUUUGAGAGUCUCGGCCAAGCUCUCGGACGCGACGAAGUCGCAGUCGCAGCUCUCUUCUACGGCCAAGCCAAGGCAUCCGAAGACGACAUCAAGAACCUCGCCAAAGUUCUCGACAUCCCAGAGGAGACACUUCGAGGGACAGAGAUGGCAGGCUGGCCGGACCGAGGCCACCAGAUGGAAAUGCCGCCGCGGGAACCGUUGGUAUAUCGGCUGUAUGAGAUCGUGCAGAAUUACGGCUAUGCGUACAAGGCGGUGAUGAACGAGAAGUUUGGCGACGGUAUCAUGAGCGCCAUUUCUUUCUCGACGAAGGUUGAGAAGGAGGUGGAUGAUGUGGGAACUUGGUGUAAGAUUACGCUGAGAGGAAAGUGGCUACCGUACACACGCUUCUAA